AACGGGCUGCGCCUAUCUCGCUCUGUGCUGCGCUUGGUGGGGGAGUUAACAAAGCUAAAAAAGCUAACAUUGUGUCUUUCCAAACCCGAGGAGUCGUUAAGGUCAGCAAUGGCUCUCACACAGGUUUCCUCAAACAAGUGUGCUGGUGGCUUCCAGAAGGUGUUUGAACAUGAGAGCACUGAGCUGAAGUGUAAGAUGAAGUUUGCUAUCUAUCUGCCUCCCAAGGCUGAAACAGACAAAUGCCCAGUAUUCUACUGGCUUUCUGGCCUUACGUGCACUGAACAGAAUUUCAUCACCAAAGCAGGCAGUCAGCUGGCUGCAGCAGAGCAAGGAAUUAUCAUCGUGGCUCCAGACACAAGCCCACGUGGCUGUAACAUCGAAGGUGAAGAUGAGAGCUGGGACUUUGGGACAGGUGCUGGUUUCUAUGUGGACGCCACCCAGGAACCCUGGAAAACAAACUAUCGCAUGUACUCGUAUGUCACUGAUGAGCUCCCUAAGCUCAUCAAUGCCAACUUCCCCACCGAUCCAGACCGGAUGUCCAUCAGUGGACACUCCAUGGGAGGCCACGGGGCUCUCAUCUGUGCCCUGAAGAAUCCAGGCAAAUACAAGGCUGUGUCUGCCUUCGCUCCCAUCUGUAACCCUGUACAGUGUCCCUGGGGUCAGAAAGCCUUCACUGGAUACCUGGGAUCUGACAGGUCCACAUGGGAGGCAUACGACGCCACUGUGUUGGCAGGUUCUUACUCCGGCCCUCAGCUCGACAUCCUCAUCGAUCAGGGUCGUGACGAUCAGUUCCUGUCUGCCAGCCAGCUACUCCCCGACAAUCUGAUUGCGGUCUGCUCGGAAAAGAAAAUCCCUGUUGUCUUCAGACUGCAGCCGGGCUACGACCACAGCUACUUCUUCAUCUACUCGUUUAUGAAUGACCACAUCAAGCACCAUGCCAAGUAUCUGAACGCCUGAGCAGCUGAAGCUCUGCAACACAAACAUCGGUUCACUGUGGCCUGCUGCUCUGCUGUCAGAACUUACAACCAGUGUCGGAAGAACCUGCAGAACAACCAAAAUAUUGUCCUGGAAACAGCUCUGUAAAGAACUGAGGAGCAAUAUGGACAGUGUGUUUGUUUGUAGCACUUAUUGGAGCCUAAGACGAGGACAGACUACAGUUUACACAUUCUGGGUCCCUUGCCUCUAAAUGUUUCUGUACCUGAUCAAAACUUAUUAAAUUACUCAGACUGUUAUGUUGGAAGAGCAGGAAGUUACCAGUGAACAGAUGUUAUUGUAUUAGAAUAAAAACUUUUUAUUGCUCUUGUU